CUUCACCUGUCUUAUUAGUCAAAGCAGCAUUAAUAACCAACCCCACCCCCCUCAACAGUUCUAAUCCACUCCCCCCCAAAAAGCACUUCAAUUCAAUAAUCUCAAAAUCACAACCUGUGAAUAAUAAAUUUCUCUGCAAAACACCUCCACCACGAAAACAAAGUCAAUCUCAAGUCCCCCCUCCCCCCCAGUAGUUCCUACCCUCUACCAUCUCCAUCUGCUCCCAAUCCACAAACCCUAAUCCCAGAUUCACCUAAUCACCACUUGUCUCUCUUUAUUAUUCCACUUCCUUCUCUUUCUUGUGUUUUGAUCUGUUUCUGCCACCCCAAUCCGUAAAACCUCAACCCCAGCUGUACCCAGAUCGUGACCCACUCUGUUCCAUUCCUUUCUCUUGUAUUUUGAUCUGUUUCUACCACACCCUAGCUGUACCCAGAUCAUGACCAACUCCGUUCCAUCCCUUUCUCUUGUAUUUUGAUCUGUUUGUCAUUUGUAUUCAAAUCUGUGAACCCUUAGCUGUACCCAGAUCAUGGGUUGUUUCAUACUUGUGCUCAACUCUGUUUUACUCCUUUCUCUUGCAUCUUGAUCUCUUUUGUACUCAAAUCUGUGUGCCUUUAAGACCCAAGCUGUACCCAAAACCAUGGCGUAUUUCAGAGGAUCCUCGUCUCUCGUACUCCUUGCGCUCGUGUUUUGUUGCGCUGUUGUUUCGCCGGUCUUCUCCGAAGACGACGUGCGGUGCCUGCAGGGCGUGAAGAAGGCCGUGGCGAAUCCGUCGACCCUCAACUCGUGGACCUUCUCCAACAGCACCGUCGGAUUCAUUUGCAGCUUCGUGGGCGCAACGUGUUGGAACGAUCGCGAAAACCGCCUCAUCGGCCUUGAUCUCGGCGAGAUGUCCCUCGGCGGCCAGAUCCCCUCGGCCCUUCAGUACUGUUACAGUCUGCAAAACCUCGAUCUAUCCGGUAACAAUCUAACCGGUCCGAUCCCUGACGAUAUUUGCGUUUGGUUGCCUUAUUUAGUAACCCUAGAUUUGUCUAAUAAUCAGCUCACCGGACCGAUCCCUGAUGAUUUGGCUAACUGUACGUUUCUGAAUAAAUUGGUAUUAUCGGAUAACCAGUUGUCUGGUUUUAUACCGAGUCAGUUAGCUAGUUUGGCUCGGCUUAAUACGCUCUCUGUUGCUAAUAAUGAACUGUCUGGUGCGAUCCCGUCGGGUCUGAGUUCGUUCGAUUCGUCCGGUUUUGAGGGGAAUAGUGGACUCUGUGGGGCGCCGCUUGGAAAGUGUGGUGGUUUGAGCAAGAAGAGUCUCACGAUUAUUAUUGCUGCAGGGGUGUUUGGUGCAGCGGCAUCGUUGUUGUUAGGGUUUGGGUUAUGGUGGUUUUACUUUACGAGGUCGACUAGGAAGAGGAAGAGUGGGUAUGGGGUUGGGGGAGAUGGUGAUGGGAGUUGGGCUGAUAGGUUGAGAGCUUACAAGCUUGUUCAAGUUUCUUUGUUUCAGAAACCGCUUGUGAAGGUCAAGUUAGCGGAUUUGAUGGCUGCGACGAACGAUUUUAGCGUUGAUAACAUUAUAAUUUCGACUAGAACGGGGACAACUUACAAGGCCAUUCUUCCUGAUGGGUCUGCUCUUGCAAUUAAGCGGCUUAAUACUUGUAAGCUAAGUGAGAAGCAGUUUCGGAUGGAGAUGAAUAGGUUAGGACAGCUUAGGCACCCAAACUUGGUGCCUUUGUUGGGAUUUUGUGUGGUGGAAGAGGAGAAGCUUUUGGUUUAUAAGCACAUGUCGAGCGGGACUUUGUAUUCGAUGUUGAAUGGAAAUCCAAGUGAAUUGGAUUGGCCGACUCGGUUUAAGAUUGGUUUUGGUGCUGCUAGAGGGCUUGCUUGGCUUCACCACGGUUGCCAACCGCCUAUCUUGCACCAGAAUAUAAGCUCUAAUGUGAUUCUCCUUGACGAGGACUUUGAUGCUAGGAUAAUAGACUUUGGGUUGGCUAGGCUCAUGACGUCUGAUGAAAAGAACGAGAGUAGUUUUGUCAAUGGAGAUUUGGGAGAAUUUGGUUACAUAGCCCCAGAGUAUUCAAGCACAAUGGUUGCUUCAUUGAAAGGGGAUGUUUAUGGUUUUGGGGUUGUGCUUUUGGAGUUAGCUACUGGGCUGAAACCUCUAGAUGUCAGCAAUGCAGAUGAAGGAUUCAAAGGUAAUUUGGUGGAUUGGGUAAGUCAGCUUUCUAGCUCUGGUCGAAUGAAAGAUGCCAUUGACAAGAGUCUUUGUGGAAGGGGCAACGAGGAGGAAAUUGUGCAGUUUCUGAGAAUUGCGAAUCAUUGUGUGAUUUCUCGGCCCAAGGAUAGGUGGUCAAUGUUCCAAGUUUACGAAUCAUUGAAGAGCAUUGCGGAGGAACGUGGAUUCUCAGAACAAUAUGAUGAAUUUCCACUACUUUUUGGCAGGCAAGAUACCAAUAAUUUGAUGUGAUUUUGGAGCAGAGGAUUGGAGGAAGCUCUGACAUGGUUUGUAUGCUCCAUCUUCUCAUAGACCAAUUCACUCAUCUUGUGGAAACUCCACAGAUGCACUUCAUGUAAAUUGGUAUGGUCUUCAUUUUUUAAUGUUGUUUUAUGCAACUUGUUCACAUUUUAUCGGAUACGUAUGUGUGAUAGAAUAAACUCCUCAACUGUAGGUUCUUGUAAUUUAUGAGAUCGUAGACCUUUAUUA